GUCCCUGAAACUUCAUGCCACAGUACACUGGUUAGUUUUUUAAGGUACCGCCAGACACUGGGCCAGGUGGGGUGGUGGUGGUGUCGGGACGGGGAGCUUGAUCGCUAUUGCAGGCGAAGGAGCUCAGCCAGAGCAAAGCGCCACCCCCCCCCCCCAGCCUCCGACCACCCAGGCCAUCUCUGGCUUUGGAAUUGGAAAGGCGGAGAGGGGCGGCGGCACACUGUUGGGAGCGCACGCCCGGAAGGGAGUCUCCGUGUGUCCUCUGCGCUGGUGGGCAUCUCCAGGGAAAGUAGUGUAGCCAGGUGAGGGAAGACUGGAGCUGUGGGUUGGCGGCUCCCUCCUCCCCCUCUCGAAUCACGUGGGCGUGUGGGGGCCGCCUCCUGCUGCCCCACCGUGUGUGUGGGUGAGAGCGGGCGAGAGAGACCUGCUUGCUGCCGUGAAGGCUCAGCUGCUGCUGCUGGGAGCCGCCGGCCUGGGCGUCCGCGCUCCCUCCUCCUUGCCGCUCUUCCUGGCCCGCAAUAUGCCUCCGCUGCCCUCUGGCUGGUCGCCAUGCCGGGGAUUUGCGGGCGCUUGCCGUUCUCCUGGCUGCGAGGAGGACUAGCCGCCGCGUUACUUUGGCUGCUGCUGUUGCUGAAGAGCCUCCCGGGCUCCGCAGCCUCCACCAGCGCCGUCGACGUGAGCUUCGGCAGCCGCCCUCAACAGCAGCCCCAGCAGCAGCAGCAGCAGCAAGCCGCGCUGCUUGGGACUUCCUCCUCCUCCUCUGCUGCGCCAGGAUCUAUGUUUACUCUUAAAGUGCAAGUCAAUGAUAUCAUCAGUCAUCAAUAUCUACGCCAAGCAGUUGUGGAAGUCUUCGUCAACUACACAAAAACAAAUUCCACUCUAACUGGAAAUAAUGGAGCAGUAUUGAUUCAGGUUCCCUAUCAACUAGGUCUAAGUUUAACAAUUGCAUCUUAUAAAGAUGGUUAUAUGUUAACACCUUUGCCUUGGAAGACAGGAAGAAUGCCAAUAUAUUCAUCUGUCACACUUUCACUGUUCCCCCAAAGCCAAGCAAAUAUAUGGCUAUUUGAUGAUACAAUUUUAAUAACUGGGAAACUAUCUGAUGCCAAAUCUCAACCAAGUGUUCAGUUUCCAAAAUAUUUAAUUAAACUUCCUCUGAACCAUCAUAUUACAAAUGUAACAGCCUACCUUACAGUGCCACAACAGUUUUUGAAAGUGGACCAUUUUCUCUAUACAACAGGAAUUCUUCUAAAUAAGUCAGGUUUUAAAAGUAUUGAAUUGACCCCUCUCGCUGCGAUAUGUGUCAACCUCUUCUCGGCUGGGAAAGAACUGAAGGUGGAUGGCUCCAUUCAUAUCACGCUGCCUCUUCUACCCACAAGAGCGGUAAAAGCAGGAGACCCUCUCCCAGCGUGGACCUUUGAUAUGAAAACUGGUGCCUGGGUCAAUCGUGGGUUAGGCAUGGUAAAGGAUGCAGGUGAUCAUCUAGUGUGGACGUAUACUGCUCCAAGUCUAGGGUAUUGGAUAGCAGCCCCCCUGCCUGGAACAAGAGAUUCCAUCUUCGCAACAGUUACAAAUGAUAUAACUGCAUACCACACAGUGUUCCUCACAGCCAUCUUGGGAGGUACCAUCAUAAUUAUCAUUGGGUUCUUUGCAGUUCUCAUUUGCUACUGCAGGGAUAAAUGUGGUCAGUCAAACAGACGAAGAAAUGUGACUAAACUGGACAUCUUAAAAAAAGAUCAGACGACGUCAACAUCAACAUCUCACAUCAAUCACCUUGGUAUUGUCAAGGGGUCACUAAAGCCUGAGGAGAAAUCUCAGUUGUAUUCGCCCGGGAUGUCAUCUUAUAGCCCCCAGAGAGGGGCUUCAGCAGAAGUGGAAGAGAGGAAAUCCCGUGACAGUUUUAAAAUAUACACAGAAGGUGGAUCAUACCAAUCCUCCAGCAACACCACUCACUGUAGGAGCUCACCUCAAUCCUUGGGACCUAGUAUGGGAAUGAGACAUUUACAGCCAACCCAACAUAUCAGCGGAACUAUUUCCCCUUCCAGAGACUCACAAGAACAGAACCAGUAUCUCUCCAUGGGUGAGAAAAUGUAUGGGCUCUCUCCCCUUCCAGAGCAGUUGAUGCAUCUCUAUAGUCAGCCUAUUGCUAUCCUUCAAACAUCUGACCUUUUCCAUUCUCCAGAGCAAAUGCAUGCUGCCAAGUCAGCUACUUUGCCACGAAAGGGACAAUUAGUCUACAGCCCAAUGAUGGAACCUAUGAGUCGGGAAAGUUAUACCCAGACAUUACCCAAAAUGCCAAUGCACUCUCACCUGCAGCCACCCACUUCCAGAGAUGAAACCACUGCAUUAGAUGGCCAACAAGGCUUAUCUCCUCAAACUGCAAACUGGGGGUGCUACACCAAUAGCCUGCUUGAGUCUGUUUCUGUCCCUGGAACACUAAACGAAGCUGUAGUCAUGACACCAUUUUCGUCUGAACUUCAAGGCAUUUCAGAGCAAACAUUAUUGGAGCUUUCAAAAGGCAAACAGUCUCCACACCCAAGAGCAUGGUUUGUGUCACUGGAUGGCAAGCCAAUAGCUCAAGUGAGGCAUUCAUUCAUAGAUCUCAAGAAGGGCAGGAAGACCGAGAGCAAUGAUACUAGCUUGGACUCUGGCGUGGACAUGAAUGAGCAUAACCUCAGUCGAAAACUGGAGAGGGAGAAGACCUUCAUCAAAAGCAUGCAGCACUCCAAGAUCCUGUAUCUGGAAGACUUAGAUCUCAGUAGCAGUGAAAGUGGGACCACUGUUUGCACCCCUGAAGAUCAGACUGUGAAGCAGAUGCCGGAUGGAGGGAGUGAUCUGGUCAUAGAAGAGCACACUGAGGAAAGUCUGCCCAGGAGGAAAAACACCACAGAAGAGCAUGAGGCGAGCCCUCCUCCAGCUAAGAAACGAGGGAGGCCACCUCUGACAAAGAAAGACAGCAAAACCAAUAUCUGGAAGAAGAGAGAAGAGAGGCCACUCAUUCCCAUAAAUUAAAUUGCAGCUAUGGCUGUCUUUUGGUCUGCCUUUUGUCCUGUAUACUUCCCCCCCGCCCCCUCUCUGAUUCUUAUUUGUAAACUUGCAGUGUUCACUUACUAUGAGACAAUUUGAAUCGGGUAAUGGUUCUUAAAUCUCAGAGCAGAUUACACUUUCAUCAGUGAUGUCUAUCUGAGCAAAGGGAAUCUCUAUGAUGUGCCAGAGGGUGUACCUAGCGUGUCUUUUGAGACCAGCUCUUGUUUUCAGCAGUUGCUUGAGCAACACUUCUGCUUUUCUUAAAUGUGCGAAACAAUUCUGGGAUUCAUCUAUGGGGAUGUAUAUAUGUCUUCUAAAAGAAGCCAGAAUGUAACCUAGUUUAUCUGGUGUGGAAGGCAAGGAAGCACUGUUCAUACUGGAUUGCAUUGCCAUGGGGAUGGGAGUACACUGUAGAGGGAACGUUUCUAGUUUUUGCUUCUAACUACUAGCUUCCAGGAAUGGAGAUCCGGCCAUAUAGGGUUUGAUGUAGAUGUCUAAGUAGCAGGAUGGAGACUGGCAUUUUUCAUCUAAAAUGCGAGACCAGAAGUAUCUCAUUUCACAGACAUUGCUUCCUGGUGCUCUGUCCUUUCUCUUGGCUAUCUUGUAUUACAUUAUACUAUGUUGUUCUUUGUAUAUUCUUGGAGGCGGGGGUGGGGGAAUAUCAGGGAUUUCUUAUCUAUUCCAGAUGGUAGCUCAAGUGUGCAGACUUCUCCUUGUCAUGUGUGACUCCAGUAUGUAUUGAGCCAAAUUGUGCUCCGUUUUUAGGAUAACGAGAUUUAUACUAAUGUAAUGAGGGCAGUGUUUGGCCCUCAAAGUCAAAGAUAUAUAUUAUUGCAAAUGUGGCCAAAAGGAUGGCUUUAUAGAAAGGAUUCCCUGCAGAAACCUUUUGCUUUGCUGUUGUAUAGCCUUUUAAAAACAAACUGUAAUACUUAAGCAAUGUGACUCUGUGCCUCCUUUUUUGCUAGCUUUGAAUGACUUUAGCCCCCGUCUUCAAGUCCAUCAUUGCUUAUGAGAAAUUCCAUAUGAAGUCUGUGGGACUUAACUGUGAUUCAAAAUAAGCUUAGCCAUCGCCACAAAGGUACUUUUUGCAUGGGCAAACUGGCCUUAAGGGACCACUCCAGAGAUGAUUUUGUAGCACGUGUAUUCCCUGUCCCAGUAGCAAACCUGUCAAAUGGUGACAUGAUUUACAUAACCUUUUGGCACAGAAUUGAUAUUGGAGGGAAACCAUAUUUGGCUCAUUUGAUGUUGACCUGUCUCUGUAGAAGUAUCUGACACCGUAAUUAAAGUCUAAGGGUGCAUACAGACUUACCUGAAACCAAGAGUCACAGCUUUCUCCCUACAUGGCAAUUUUGGCUUUCUACUGCCUUCACGAUGCAAACGACAGUUGUACUUUAUCAGCAGUUUGAAUACUGAUACAUGUGUCUUUGCCCCUUCUCCUUGUGUUCCAGACAAGCUGUCUUUCCCCCCCCCACUGUAGCAUGAACAUUCAUUCUCUCGAACAUUUGCCUUAUUUUUUAAAAAAAUGCAAUUUGAAAGAGUUGAAAAACUGCUCUAGGAACCCAGAGCAGGGGAAAUAAGCUUGUGAUAUCACAGAGACUAACAAAUUGGCAUUCAGCAUAGCCAGUUACUGCUGCAAACAAGAAGAAACUUGAAGAAGGGGGAUUCCUCUAAGCUCACUCCUAGAUGUACAAAACAUGAUGAAUGAAUUUCCACAGUGGACUCACCGUUUACAUUCUGUAUGUCUGUACGCACCCUAAGUGUGUCCUAAAGCAAGUUGUGCACUAUGAACAUGUUCAUCAGUCAUUCAGGGACUGUCGAUUGAUACUUCCAAUUAUGAAGAAGGUAAGCUGUGAGCCUGGCCUAUAGGACAACAGCCAUCCUUGGGAACAGAAUAUAUUGUAGAGUUGAAAACAGUUACCAAAAGAAAUGAUUGCAUGAAAUGUAACUAAGAAAAUAUAUAAAGGAAAGGAAAGUCCAUAAAGGCACUUUUUCUGUUUUAAAUUGUCAUUUUGUCAAAAUGUUGGAUCUUGUUUUGGCUAACAGAAACGUGGAUAUAUGAGAGAAGCAUGUUGUUCUCACCUUAAAAUCUUAUGUCGCAGCUCUUUUAUUUCAGCAAUUUGAUUAGAACGUAAUGGUGCUAUCAUUUCUGUUUUCAGAAGAGCUAUUUAGACUCAAGGCAGCAUUAAAGCCAUGCUAUAGAGACUAUGAAGUUUCCCUUAUUGUCCCUUUCACCAGUCCGGUUCUGUCAUUUGGGCACUGGACUCUUUGGAGUCCUCUUUAAAUUACCAAACAUAUUUACAAUGAAACUCCCUCUUUGUGACAGUGAAGCACCAAAAAAGCAGGACACUGGCUCUUGUUGCCCAAGUGCCUUAGCACUGCCUGCUGGAAGCACCCUGUACUAUUGGGGCGAUUCUGCUGACCCUCAGCGACACAUUUCCAGGACACACUUCCGGAGCUCAGGCAGUGCUUGGAAGUAUUUGCCUUUGCUCCCAGCACCACGUGUGCAGGACUGAGGGAGUUGCACGGGGGCAAAUGGAUGUCAGCCACAGCUAGGUUUUAGAAGUACAAGAUGGAAGUCUGACGUGGGAAAAUAUUAUCUUUGACAAACAUACCCUGAACUGUAGAAAAGCAAUGGGCUUGAAAACUUAAAUAACUUCUCUUGUUAAAUAGUUUACAUGCCAAAGAUUGGAUAUUUUAGCUUUGCAAAUUAUAUAGACAAUUGCCCUGCAUCUGCAAUGACUAGGAUCAGCAAGAUUAUUCUUUUUCACACUAUUUGGUAUGUAUGUGGCAUACCAAAAAUGAAUAAGAAAUAGCAAUUUGUCUUCAUAAUUUUGUAGCUGUUGCAAAUUUUUGAGGAAGCAGCAUAUUCUUAUAUGUUUAAAACGGGGGUGGGGGUGGGGCGGGUUACACACAUUUUCUGUUAGCCAAACAGGAUUGUUGCUAAGAUUUCUUACUUCUCUCUUCUUUUUUGGAAACAAACAACAACAACAAAACCCAAAUCCAGGUCAUCUAGUUUCAUUGUUGGAAUAUUGCAUGCAGGUAAUAUUUCAAUUGUUAAAAUAUUUUUUAAAAAAACCUUUUAACCACUGGCAAAAAUUUGCCAGAAGAAAGAUCUCUCAACCACAACAAAUAGUGUAUUAAUUUAUUGUAAACUGCCCAUAGCUGCUAGAUGGAGUGUUAAAAUGUGAUAAGUAAAUAAAACAAAUAUAUAUGACAGCGUUAUGGCCAGGAUCCAGAGAACUGUGUGCCCAUGGCAGCAUAUUUUGUGGUAAUAUUUUUCAAACAUCCACCAUGGGAACCCUCUUUUGAGAUGGAGAGCAGCUUUGAAAACAGCAUAUGAUGUGGCCUGGGGAUCUACCAUUCAAAUGGCGGGGGUGGGAGGGGGGGGAGAUUCUGAGUCUGCCUCAAGCCCUGGGACCCGCCAAAAGCAGCUCUUUGGAUCAUGGCCCAGAUGCAGUAAAUCAGGAGAAAAUUAGAUAUAAUAUAUGCAGAGAUUUAUUUCUGUGCAUGCGUUACCUUUGUUGGACUAGGAUAGUGGCUUAUAAAUCAAAAUCUGGAAUUAUAUGUUUAGUAUCUCAAGGAAAUGUGCAUGUACUUACAGAACAGAACUUAGUCUAUAUAGGGAUUCUCUUUUGGGUUCUGGGAUAAAAUGGGCCAAACACUAGUUGGCAGCAUAGUAAUAGGAAGCUCAUAGCUUAUUACCCCAUUCUUGGGUUUGAUUCUAUAGUGCUAGUAUACUCAAAGGCUUCCUUUUUGAUUUCACAGAAGCAGUUUAUACAUUUAGCAGAAUGAAAUGAUAAAAUAAUUUCUGGGCUGCACCACUUUGGGCUACAUACAGGUGGUUGCAUUUUUGCAAAAACUGCAUUUUUUAAUCCCUACUCCACCAUUAUAAACCCCCCUGAAGAUAGAAAAAUAGCAUGACAGGAAGAUUUGGGUGAACAUUUUCUCUUUGAUGUGCUAAUUUUUCAACAUAAAUGGGUGUGUGCAAACACACUAACACAUGCAGUCUGAAGUAGUACAGUCCAAGGAAAACUUCACCACUUGAUCACUGAAUGCAUAAAUUAGCCCUCAAUCACUGAGUUUUGAAUAUGUACAAAAGUUAAGACAAGGCACUCUCAACCUUAUCCUAAACACGUUUCAGUGGGAAACAAUUCCAGUGAUUUAAAUGGAAUUUAUAGCCAAAUAAUUUUAGGAUUCAGCCUUAGUAUGAAUGCCUUCCCUAAAAUUGCAUGAAAUUUGGAUGUGUUGGAUUCAGUUCUAUUGAGCAUUCUGAAUAGUUGAGAUGCUAAAAAACCUUUUCAAAAACAUUUAAACUGCCGUUUUAUAUCGUUUAGAUCUUUAAAGCCUUUGAAGCCAUCCUAUCCCUUUAUAGUAAGUUAUUUCAUAAUCAACAUUUUCUGAAAUAAUUCUGAUUGUUCUUAGCAUUUUGAAAUUUUAUAUCCAUUUUACCAGCUGAAGCAUAGAAUAACUUUACAAAUAAUAGAUUUGUCAAAUAUUUGUACAUUUUCCACUUGCUGAUACAAUAUUCCUCAACUGAACUUUAAAGCACAACAGUUUAUUGUACUUCAGCAAAUUCAGAGUAUUUGUAUAAAAGUAUUUUUGUGUUAGCAGUUUGGUUGGGAAGUCUCUAUUCUGUGCACACGAAAAGCACACAUUGAAUCAAGAACCCAGUUCUAGGAGCUGCAGUUUUGGGAACGGAGGCUGGAACGGGACAUUAGCGAAGCAGUGUGGCUACCAAUAAAAGUCUCAGGCCUUGCAUCACCUCCUCUCCCCUAAGAUCUAGUACUACAAAAUGUGUGGUCAGAUGAUGUCAUCUGGGAUAGGAUGUAGCUUCCCGUUCAACUGCCACACACCUACAUGGUGCUGCCCCACCUGGCCCCUGCCUAUAUUACCUCCCAGUAAUGCCCAUGUCUGCUGCUCAUCAGCAACAGCUCAGCACCAAGUUCCACCCACAUGAACCACCACUGUUUGUACUGCCGGAUGUCGGGAGGCAAUGCAGAGCUUUGCCAUACAGCUCCUAUGAUGUCUGUUUCCAGCCUGUGUUCUCAAGGUAUUAUGGGGCACCGCUUUCUGAUUAAGCUGUAAAUAUUGAGAACAAGCACUCCAUUGCCACAGUGUCGAUGAUUUGAGAGACACUUAUAAUUCAUUUUAGUUUUCAUUCCAGUUUUAUGACAUUCUGUAGUUCACCCACUCUUUUACAAAGUGUUUCUACAUUUUCUAUUUUUCUGUCGGGAUGGUUUACCACGUCUGUGUAACUGUUAGGAUACCAAUGGAUCAACUGCUAUAGUGUAUCUUAAAAUUUAUAAAAUGUUUAAAGAUUCAUGCAAUAUAAUAAAAUAGUUUUUAAAACUUA